AUGAAAAAAUAGCAAAAUAGAGUAGACUCUGCUCACUUCAGAGAAGGUGAAAGAAAUAAAUCUGUAGAUAAUAACUCUGAAUAUAGCAAAGCAAAAUAUGCUGAUUAGCCUAUCUAAUAAUUAUAAUAAAAUUUAGAUACAAAGUGGAGCGAAAUUAAAAUAUUUAAUAAAAAUAUUUGUCGCAGAAGCUAUCACUCUGGAGUCAGUCAUGAAGAUAGGAUGUACAUUUAUGGUGGAUAUGAAGUAAAUGAAGGAAUAUUGGGAGAUUUUUAUGAAAUGAUGAUUAAAAAUAAUUAAGUAUUUUAAUGGUAAAAAGUUAAUUUGUCAAAGUAUGGACCUAAUAAUGAUAAACCCUUAACUCCUGGUCCUUUGAUGAGACAUACAGCUGUAACUUACAAAGAUAAAAUGUACAUUUACGGAGGUAAUUAGCAAUCUUUAAAGCCUUCUAGUUAACUUUGGUCAUUUGACUUUAAUGAAGACGAGUGGCAAAUAGUUAAGCCUAACGGAGAGCAGGCUCCUCCUUCAUUAGAUUCUCAUGCUGCCGCAGUAGAUGAAAUAAAUCAUGCUAUGUAUAUUUUUGGUGGUUUUUCUGAUAGCCAAAAAGAUGGAGGUUACUAAAAUAAGGUUUGGAAAUUUAGUUUUGAGAGUCAAUAAUGGGAUUUAUUGGGUGAGAACUCUGAAACUAAACCAUGUAAGCGUGCUGGAUCAAGUAUCACACUCUAUGAUAAUAUUUUGUAUAUGUUUGGAGGGACUAUAGUUGAUGCAAAGUAUAAUGAUAUGUGGUCUUUUGAUUUAUAAACAUAAUAAUGGGAGCAUAUUAAGUAAGAAAAAGAAGAUUUAGUACCCGAAACUAGAAAUGGACAUUCUCUCCUAACUUAUAAAGAUAAAUUAAUUUUAUUUGGAGGUAUUCAUGAUAUUACUCAUGAAAAGAAUGACAUGUAUGUUUUUAAUGUGAGAACUAAAAAAUGGAGUUUAAUUGAUGACAAUACUUCACAUAAUUAAAGCAGUUUGAAUGAUGAUAUCUUAGCAAUUGAAUAAAGCUUUUCAAAUGGAUUUUAAAAUGAACAAUCAUUUAAAGAUUAAAACAAGAAAAUCCAUUCUGAAGUUAACUAGCAAAGCCAUAAUGUUCGUACUAAAACUAAAAAUUCUUCUUUAGAACGAAUUAAAGCAACAAAUAGUGAAAAGCAUAAUCUAUCAAAUAGUUCUCGCAUAAUAAAACAAAGUAUGAAAAAAUAAAAUGACAGCAUUGGCUCAAAAGAAGAAUCGCACACUGUCAAUAAUUAGAUGGAAGAAAAUAGAAAAAAAAGAAUCUAAAUGAAAAAAAUGAAUUUACUUUCUGAAUUUGAAUUAAACGAAUCAGAAAAGAGUAUAAUCAGACCAGUAAGUCCUACUACAGAAAAUAUGAAGAAUAGUAUAUAAACAGUUGGUAAUCCCUUAGGUAAAACAAAGUAUUCACUAAGAAUUCUAGAUAGCUCCUUGACUAGAACAUAGCUUGGAGGAAAUAGUGAGCAAAGAUAAAAUAAAAUGAUAGGUAGACGCCCUUGUGCAAGAGAUGGUCAUUCUGCUGUGAUUUGUGAUAAUUUUUGCUAUAUUUUUGGAGGUGAUCGUCAUAUGAUGUCAUAUAAUGAUUUAUUUUGUGUUGAUUUAGAUAAAAUAAUGGAAUCUUUGUCUUGA